CUUUUGCACAAAGGUCUUAAGUUUGUUGCCCGCGCAGUGAUCCGGAGGACGCCAUCAACUUGCUGCUGUAAGUGACUCUCGGAGGCCAACUGUGAAAUCUUCCCAAGGGACAUGGAAAAAACACAGAUGAUUAAUAGUGCAGACCCCAAGAAAAGUUUACAAGAGAGGAAGCAAGAAGCAGCCCCAAGUAUUAAGGACCCACCCAGUGCCAUAGCAAUUAAACCACAGGUUCCAUUAUGGGUCGACUUGAUGGGAAGGUCAUCGUCCUGACAGCAGCUGCUCAGGGGAUUGGCCGGGCAGCUACCUUAGAUGUAUUUGUGCAUUGUGUCUACCAGGCUUUUGCAAGAGAAGGUGCCAAAGUCAUAGCCACAGAUAUCAAUGAGUCCAAACUUCAGGAACUGGAAAAGUACCCAGGCAUUCAGACUCGGGUCCUUGAUGUCACAAAGAAGAAACAAAUUGAUCAGUUCGCCAAUGACAUCGAGAGACUUGAUGUUCUCUUGAAUGUGGCUGGUUUCAUCCAUCAUGGAACCAUCCUGGACUGCGAGGAGAAAGACUGGGACUUCUCAGUGAAUCUCAACAUCCGCAGCAUGUACCUGAUGAUCAAGGCAUUUCUUCCUAAAAUGCUUGCUCAGAAAUCUGGCAACAUUAUCAACAUGUCCUCUGUGGCAUCGAGCAUCAAAGGAGUUGUGAACAGGUGUGUGUACAGCACAACCAAGGCGGCUGUGAUUGGUCUCACAAAGUCUGUUGCUGCAGAUUUCAUCCAGCAGGGUAUCCGGUGCAACUGUGUGUGUCCAGGAACGGUUGAUACCCCAUCUCUGCAGGAAAGAAUACAAGCCAGACCAAAUCCUGAAGAGGCACUGAGUGAUUUCCUAAAUAGACAGAAAACAGGAAGAUUUGCAACUGCAGAAGAAAUAGCCCUGCUCUGCGUGUACCUGGCCUCUGAUGAAUCUGCCUAUGUAACAGGUAAUCCUAUUAUCAUUGAUGGAGGCUGGAGCUUGUGAUUUCAGGAUCUCCUUGCUGGGAAGGCAGGCCGUUCCUGUCUACAGUGAACCUGCUUAUGAAGAAAACUCACCCAUCCUCUCUUUCCUAUUAAUGGCAUAUUAAUGAAAACAAGACCUUUCUGAUGAUGUCAUUGUUCACAAGAGUCUGAUUCUUUAUAUUUAUCUCUUUCUAAUCUCUUCUGAAAUCAUUGUAGAUAGGUGAGAUAAUGAACUCACUGCAAAAAGAACAUUUUAAGAAUAAACCUCAGUUUCUAAGUAUA